CGCUCUCCUCGUCGCGGGCGGGCACCUCCGCUCCCGAGGACCGCUGGCAGCGUGGCGAGCUCUGCGGGGCGCGGUCGCUAGAGCUCCUGCACCGGCAGGCUUCUCAUCUGCCCCUCCCGGGGCCCGAGGGACCGCGGAGCGGCGGCGCGGAGCAGCUGGGACCCCAUCCACUUAUGCCGGGCCCGGACCCUCGGCAGGAGCCGCGCGUCUGAAGAGCCCGUGCCAGCUCCGCUCGCCCCGGUGUCGGCAGAAAACUCCUUCGUGUUCAGCCUGUCCCGCCUCUUCCAGGGCUGCAGCACCUUGGUGUCCGGUGCCAUUCAAUGUAAACUUGAACUGCUUGACUCUGUACCUGAUGGGGGAGAGGGGCGAGAGGUUCUGCCGCUCCCUUAUCAGGAAUGCGUCAUCGCGCCAUGGAGGGAGAGAGGGGCAGCAGCGUUCUAGGGACACGGUGUCUCCGCCCUGAAGGCACGGCAGUCAAAGCUGGAGGUAUGAGAGUGCCUAAAAAGCAAGAAAACAGACCUGUUGAGAAAAAUGCUAAACCUCCAGGAAAAGAAAAGUCAAGUGCCAUUACCAGUUUUUCAAAAACUCAGACUGCAGAUGUCUUGCUAGCAGAAGCACUGAGAAAAAUGAGCCACAGAAUUCAUGCAGCAGCAUUACAAGUGGCUCACCAAAAGCCACAGCCUGCCUUGGAGAAGUACAUGCUGCCUAAAAGAAUUUACAUUAUUCAACAGCCACGGAAAUGUUAAUAUACUCAUGUUUACAUAAAUGUGUUUUUCUGUUCACAAUAGCACAUAUUGCACUGCGGUGAAAGGAUCAAAAGUUGUGCAUCUUGGAUCUUAC